CUUUAAAAAAACAAACUCAUGCUGAAUUGAAACGUGCUGUGUUUGUCUGUCUGCAACAAAACGACAGAAUAAAAAUUGGAAAUAAAACGUUCCCUAAACAUUACGGCGAAAGGAUCGGGCUGUAGUGUUUAAGGAGGAAGAAGAAGAGGGAAGAGGUGUUUCUCCAGGCCCUUUCUCCUCUUUCAUUAUUUAUUUCCUUAUUAACUGCGAUCAAAACAUUGAUGGUCGAUCAUCCGCCGCUGAGCUCCAGACCCGCGGAACAUCGUGUAUUAUUCCUCGUCGGUGAGUGUGUGUGUCGCGAUGGCUCGCCCACGGCCCCGGGAAUAUAAAGCUGGAGACCUGGUUUUCGCCAAGAUGAAGGGAUACCCGCACUGGCCGGCGAGGAUCGACGAGCUGCCGGAGGGAGCCGUGAAGCCGCCAGCUAACAAACACCCCAUCUUCUUCUUUGGUACCCAUGAGACUGCCUUCCUGGGCCCUAAAGACCUGCUUCCCUACAAAGAGUACAAAGACAAGUUUGACAAGUCGAACAAGAGGAAAGGGUUUAAUGAAGGCCUGUGGGAGAUUGAAAACAACCCUGGCGUCAAAUUCACUGGUUUCCAGGUGAUGCAGCAGCAGAGCUCAUCUGAAACUGAGGGAGAAGGAGGGAAUGCGGCUGAUGCCAGCAGCGAGGAGGACGAGGGGAAGAUGAAGAGUGACAAGGUCGGAUCCAAGCGGAAAAAAAGUGCAUCCUGUAAGAUGUCGUCCAAGCUGUCCAGGAAGAGUUCGGAUGAAGAUCUGGAGAAGGAUGGCAAAGAUGAGCAGAAGAGUGGAUCAGAGGCUGGUGACCAUGACAACAACAUCCAGAACUCGUCAGACAAGACGUGCAGUCAAGGGAAUCUGUCGCUCCGGGAGGAUCAUUAGACGAUCGCCGGACGUCGGCUCGUGGCACUGAUAUGUGAUAUUGUGAAUGCAUCUUAUUAUGCUGAUCACCCCCACACAUUAUUAUCUGGUUCAGUCAAACACACACACACACGUACAGUCCAGGAGCCACAAGCAAACGACUGUCAUUCUCUUCCGCUGUUUUGAUUUCGAGUUUAGCUUUAGACUUGUGGCAGACGUACAGCUCUCAUUCCUCUCCUGUUGUGCUUCAGAUUUCUUUCUUUCACAGUGAACAAACACAUUGUAGGCCAGACGUUCAUCUGUUAAACGACUUGGCCAUCUUUAACGCUUUUACAUAAUGAGAGAAAAAAAAUGGGUGGAAACCGUAGAAUCCGUAUGAAGUGUCGUGCACAAACAGUGUCGCUGUAACUGCAUUAUCUCUGUACAUUUGAUUUGGGUGUAGAUUCUAGGAGUUCUAUACUAUUAUCCCGACGCUAGAGGUACUGUGAAAUAUCCGUUCGUGUGUUGGUGGGUUGGUUGUUUUCUAGCCUUUCUAGUGGCAUGCUGACUUCUGUUUCCAUUCCGUAGCUGUGUUCUGUUCUGAUGAUGUUCUUCUGUCCGUUUCAUCAGACGGCGCUGAUCCAGUUCUCUUCCCGAUGGAAAACUUGCCCUUGAUUUGUUAACUUUUUAUUUCUUAUCUUUGUUUAUAUAAAGAAUAUAUUCUAUUUAUUUUUGAUGAUAGUAGAUGACACACCAAUGUGGUUUUCAUUUUGUUGCAGUUUUUAUUGCCCUCAUACAUGUUGCAUUUUCGAAGUUUGUAGCUACAUGUAAUGUUUUUCCUGUUUAUUGACAAGAAUUUUACAGAAUAAACUCAUUGGAAUGCAAGUGUU